GACCAGACCAACAGCUGCUUUUGGUUUUGUCAGCACCGGCAGCUUCAACAUGGGGAGGAUUGCUAAAGAAGUGUCCGGACAGACCAUGUGCUUUAUUGGUUUUGUUGGCCUAUGCGUCUGUUGUGGUAUUCCCAUGUGGCGUGUCACUUCGUACAUUGGUGCAAACAUCGUCACAGGUCAGAUCGUCUGGGACGGAUUGUGGAUGAACUGCGUAAUGCAGAGCACAGGACAGAUGCAGUGUAAAGUUCAAGACUCAAUCAUGCGACAGACCCAGGACCUGCAAGCAGCACGUGCACUGAUCGUCAUCGCAAUAGUGGUCAGCUUCGUUGGGAUGCUUUUGACGUUUGUUGGAGGGCAGUGCAGUAGUUGCCUGAAGAAUGAAUCCUCCAUGGCCAAAGUGCUGAUCCUGGGGGGCAUUCUCUGCAUCGUAGCUGGAGUCAUCGGCCUCAUCCCAGUCUGCUGGUCUGCGAGCUACACCAUCUCCGAUUUCCAGAAUGUUCUCACCAUCGAGACCCAGAAGAGAGAGCUUGGAGCAUCCAUAUACAUUGGCUGGGGCGCCUCAGGGUUUCUUCUGUUUGGAGGGAUCAUUCUGUGUACUUCCUGUCCACCAAGACAAGAUGUGUACCCGAAUUACCCAGGCAUGUACCCCUACCAAGGGCCUGUGUACGGGCCUCCUGGAUCUUAUAUGCCUACCAAAACAUAUGCACCUAGUGCUGUAUAUACUGGAACAGGGACAUACAUUCCUAACAAACCUUAUCCAGCCCCGGGCGCUUACUCAACUGUCCCAGGACAAUAUCUUUAACAAACUGACCAUGUUUCGGACUGAUACCAUACUGCUUCCAAAUUGUAUGACAUAAUCUGUAUAAUAUCAGUGGUUUGUUCUUUAAAAUCUAUACACCCAAGAACUGUUCUAUUUAGAGACUCGCUUAGUGACAUCUUAUUCUUUGCUUGCCUUUGAAUGAAGAUGAUUUUGUUUGUUUAUGUCUCCAAUGUUGUAAUGCUAAUGACAUAUGUAUAUAGUGAUUAGGUAAUUUUUCUGUGUGUACAGCAAGCUUGUUUGAUGGAAUUAAAUAAAAAAAAUGUAUAUAUAUAUAUAUAUAUAUAUGGCAAUAUAUACACAACACAUACAUGAAAUAUGUUCAUAUAUAUAA